CGAGAACGAGCUGGCUCAGUUCCGCUCCCGAGGUCGUCCAGGUUGCGUCAUUCGCUGUCCAGUCGGUUUAAGGGUCUCGGUCUCAGGGAAGUGUGUGGGAAUAUGGGUAAAUAACCAUCACUUUAAGGAGAGACUGGAUACUUAUUCAGUGGUAGUAGUCAGUGCGAGGAGGUGAUUUUUUUUCAUUCGCGACGCAUCCCGAAGAAGAGAAUUGAAGGGCUGCGAGAAGGGGCCGGGCGAACUUUGUGAACAAUACUGGGAGUGUGUACGUGUGAGCUCCAAAGAACCUCGUGUUCCCGGAGCAUAAGCUUUAAAGUGACCCGACAAUGCUCUGACUUUUUCUGUUGUUACCGAUAGUGUGUAAUCUUGUGGCCCAGUCGUUCCUCACGAAGAGCCACUGCUUGGGUUGACAAUCACGCCCAAAGUCACGCAACCAUUCUCCGAGGGCUUAAGGACGCUCUGUCAUCCUGAGGUUACAAUAGACUGGGCGGAGGAUUUUCAUUUUGUGCGGAGUGACCAGAGAGUGUGCGUGUCAUGGAAAACUUGUCUGUUGCAGAUGUGAGAAAAAUGUGUUAGUGUGUUAACCAAGGUGAUAUAUAUAUCUCUCUUUUGAAAAAAAGUAACCCAUACAUAUACUUAUAAAGGAAAACUAUAUAUUCCGACACGUAACACAAUGCUUCGUGAAUCUUCGGUGACGUACGCGAGCCUGCCGCAGGAGGAGGGCUCACCGCAGGCCGAAUACAUCACAACCCGGAGCAUCGACAGUCCUCACACUCGCCGCGACUGCCACCUGGCCGCCGUCAUCACAACCUUCGUUAUCGUUAUCGGCGUCUCCCUUGCCGUCAUCCUUCCCCUCACCCUCAGGGGCGCGCAAGACGCCAGCGGGCGAGACGACGAGAGCGCGGAUUUGCUUUGGAGCCACAUUAGCCAGCUGGGCCAGCAGCUUGUCGAUAAAGAACGCAUCCCCGACGAAGGCACAGCGGCCGACGGCGCAGAAGACGCUUUCGGGAACCACACGGACGACCCAGACCUAGCCGACCUUCCCGAGCAACCCAAGCUCACGACGGCGGAAGCCAUCUUGCCUGUAAAUGCAGACUCGCUAGACCAUAAAGAGGACGAGGCCGACAAUCCUAAGCCUGUUUCGACCACUCCUGCACCCGUACUCACUGUCCACGAUGGCCAAUACUUCUCCAACGGCAAAGGCGAGGCAGAAGAGGGAGGAGGAGAAGUGGAGGGCGGAGCGGCUGCCGAAGUGGACACGGAAACUGCAGAAGGAGGGGGAGAACCCAGUAGUGACUUCAGCGACACAGAUACUGGAUCCGAAGGAGAAGCAUCGUCAGGUAGUAACGAUGAGGAAAACGCAGCAUCUGGGGCAGAAGGAGGAGAGAAUGGCCAAGACGCAGCACCAAUGACCACCGCGCCUCCUGUAGUUACCUAUAAACCCACGCCAACUCAUGUCAACGCAGAAGUGCAGAUGUCAUUUCAGAAAACUACCCUGCAGCAGGCGGCAGUGACUCCCCCCGGGCCAGCCUCCACGCUCAGCCGCGACGAACUCUUCGACCAGAUCUUCGGUGCCGGCAAUUCGGUCAAGCCAGGCACGGUCGCCGGCUCCAGUUGGAUGAACGACGUCCUCGGCGCUGAGGACGAGGUGACGGUGACGGUCCUGGCGGUGGUCGUGGCGAUAGCAAUGGCUGCCGUCCUCGCCGCCACCAUCUGCCUCGUGUACUCAAGGGUCAAAGCUCGGAGGCGGAGGAUCAGAAUCCACAACGUGAUCACCGACCUGCAGUCACGAGACAAAAUCGUUCUCAUGAAUUCGGACGAGUCGGAAGAAGAAUGAGCACGGGAGAAGAAAAGGGUGGCAAAGGAAGAAGGAAUUGGCGAGGAAGGGGAAAGAAAAGGGAGCGAGGAAUUUAAAGGACAAAGACCCAGAAGGAUUAAGAGUGACGCGGGAAAGGAAAUUAUGGCGACAAGGAACGGCGAAGAGACUGGAAGGACAGUUAGUAACGAGGAAGAAAAACGAAAAAAGAAGAGAGAUGUGCGAGUGGCAUGUUCGCUGGGCAUGUUUAUACCCAGAUUAUUGGCCAAUGUUCCAGAAUAAAAAAAAAAGGAAGAGAGA